AUGAUCCCACGAUCCCGCGUCACCGGCCGCCUGCUCCUCGAGAACUCGGUCGGCCGCUCCGUCAAAGCUUCAGCCCUAUCGAAUUCUCGCAGACAAUGGCUCUCAAACCCCUCCCAUAGCUUUCCGGCUGCCCGGCGCCUCGAAGCCGCUCGAUCGACAUGGGUACAGGCUCCUUUCUCCACCAGUGCGAGGUUAGGCAAGGAGCGAGACAAGGACAGCAAAGCUAAGAGCUUCUUUGACUCUUCUGUCGAGGCGAAUUCCGAGAAGUCCGCAGAAGAGGAGGCAAAGGCGGCCCAGGAUAAGAAGAAGGAUUUGGAGGAGAAGACGGACCCAAAGAGCUCCGCGGCCGAGUCGCAAGUAUCUGCCAAGUCUGAAAGCAGUGGUAACUCACAGGAUGGUAAAGCUGCCAGUGCCGCUGGUGGAGCUGCCGGAGGCGAUGGUAACAGCGGCGAUGGCGGAAAGAAGGGUCGAAAGGCUUCAGAACGAGCGCUUUCCAAACCUGUUGUCCCCGACGUAUACCCCCAGGUUCUGGCAAUCCCCAUAGCAAGGCGACCGCUAUUCCCUGGAUUUUACAAGGCCAUCACCAUCAAAGACCCCGAAGUCGCUACGGCCAUUACGGAAUCGAUCAAGCGCGGCCAGCCAUAUGUUGGCGCAUUCCUCUUCAAGGACGAGAACCAGGACGAUGACGUGAUCCGAAAUGUGGACGAUGUCUACGAUGUCGGUGUUUUCGCUCAGAUCACAAGCGCAUUCCCCAUCCAUGGCCAGGAGGGUGCCUUGACAGCUAUCCUGUACCCCCACCGAAGAAUCAAGUUAUCGAGUCUUGUGGCGCCGUCGACAGUUCCAGAGACCAAGAAGAGCGACCCUAAGGCCGAACCACCAACCCCCGAGCCGGUACCUCAGAAGCCCGCACCCGAGGAGACCCAAUCAGAGAAGAAGGGAGAUGUCGUUGCAAGCUUUGAGGAGGGCGCCGUCGAGAAGAAGCCUGACCAGGUUGCUGAGAAGUACGAGCCCACGUCGUUCCUCAAGCGCUAUGCUGUCAGUCUUGUCAAUGUAGAGAACAUGGUCGAGGAGGCUUUUGACCCCAAGAGCCCCGUCAUUCGAGCUGUAACAAAUGAGAUUGUCAAUGUCUUCAAGGAGGUGGCUACCAUGAACAACCUCUUCCGUGACCAGAUUUCCACUUUCUCGAUGAGCCAGUCAACAGGCAAUGUCACAUCCGAGCCUGCCAAGCUGGCCGACUUUGCGGCUGCGGUCUCAUCUGGGGAGCAGACUGAGCUUCAAGAGGUUCUCGCCUGCAUGAAUGUUGAGGAAAGGAUGCAGAAGGCCCUCACCGUCCUCAAGAAGGAGCUCAUGAAUGCGCAGUUGCAGUCUAAGAUUACCAAGGAUGUCGAGCAGAAGAUCAGCAAGCGCCAGCGCGAAUACUGGCUCAUGGAGCAAAUGAAGGGUAUUCGCAGGGAGCUUGGGCUCGAAUCGGAUGGCAAGGACAAGCUUGUGGAGAAGUUCAAGGACAAGGCAAACAAGCUCGCUAUGCCUGAUGCAGUCCGAAAGGUGUUCGACGAGGAGCUUAACAAGCUUGCCCACCUGGAAACAGCCGCAUCAGAGUUCAACGUCACGAGGAAUUAUCUGGACUGGCUCACACAGAUCCCUUGGGGUCAGAGGAGCCCAGAAAACUUUGGUAUCCCCAAUGCACAGAAGGUUCUGGACGAAGACCACUACGGUUUACAAGAUGUCAAGGAUCGCAUCCUCGAGUUCAUCGCUGUCGGAAAACUUCGAGGCACAGUCGAGGGCAAGAUUCUUUGCUUCGUGGGACCCCCUGGUGUCGGAAAGACCAGUAUCGGAAAGUCCAUUGCUCGUGCGCUGAAUCGCGAGUACUACAGAUUCAGUGUGGGAGGUCUUACCGAUGUUGCUGAGAUCAAGGGUCACCGAAGAACGUACGUUGGAGCAUUACCCGGUCGUAUUAUUCAAGCAUUGAAGAAAUGCCAGACCGAGAACCCACUUGUGUUGAUUGACGAGGUGGAUAAAAUCGGAAAGGGAUAUCAAGGAGAUCCAUCCUCUGCCUUGCUCGAACUUCUCGACCCUGAGCAGAAUGGUUCUUUCUUGGACCACUACCUGGAUGUUCCUGUGGAUCUCUCUAAAGUAUUGUUUGUCUGCACAGCAAAUAUGACCGAUACCAUUCCCCGACCGCUGCUGGAUCGUAUGGAGCUGAUUACGCUCUCUGGUUAUGUUGCGGACGAGAAGAAGGCCAUUGCUAACAAGUAUCUCGCGCCAGCAGCUAAAGAGUCCGCUGGUUUGGCGAAUGCUGAUGUCAACCUGACCGAGGAGGCUAUCGAGGAGCUCAUUAAGUCGUACUGCCGUGAAUCUGGUGUGCGUAACUUGAAGAAGCAGAUUGAGAAGGUGUACCGUAAAUCUGCGCUCAAGAUUGUCCAGGAGCUGGGCGAGGACGUUCUUCCUGAGGAGGAAGCCUUGACCAAGGAGGGCAAGUCCGCUCUGGAAGAGUCCAGCAAGAAGUCUGACGCUGCUGAGGAGACCGCCGGAAAAGCACAGCCAUCCACCGAGGCCACCGAGGGCGAGACCACAGAGAAGCCUCGCAGAGCCUUGAAGGUUCCCGAUACGGUCCACGUGCAGAUUGGCAAGGAUAACCUGACUGACUACAUCGGGCCACCGGUGUUCACAUCAGACCGUCUAUACGAAGUCAGCCCCCCGGGUGUCGCUAUGGGCCUGGCCUGGACACAGAUGGGAGGCGCCGCCAUGUACAUCGAAUCUAUUCUUCAGUCACCACUGCGACCCAGCUCGCGGCCCGGGCUGGAGAUUACCGGCAACCUCAAGAAUGUGAUGAAGGAGUCUACCACCAUUGCCUACUCCUUUGCCAAGGCCUUCGGAGUCAAGCAGUUCCCCAACAACAACUUCUUCGACAAGGCCAAGCUGCACCUGCACGUGCCCGACGGUGCCGUCCCCAAGGAUGGCCCAUCAGCCGGUAUUACAAUGGCUACUUCACUGCUGUCGCUCGCACUCGAGGCUCCCGUAAACCCUACUGUGGCUAUGACUGGAGAGCUCACCCUGACGGGUAAGGUCCUCCGCAUCGGUGGUUUGAGGGAGAAGACGGUGGCCGCCAGACGAGCAGGCUGCACUACUAUUAUCUUCCCUAGAGACAACCUGUCGGACUGGCUGGAACUCCCAGAGAAUAUCAAGGAGGGCAUCGAAGGCCACCCCGUCGAGUGGUACAAUGAAGUGUUUGAGCUGGUCUUCCCCAACCUCGACAAGGAGGCUGCCAACACGUGUAAGAUUAUCGAAGACAAGAAGUCAGAAAAGUCAGAGGACAACGAAUAA